CUCACGGAGCAGAUUGCAGAGGGAGGAAAGGCAAUCCACGAGCUGGAGAAAGUCAAGAAGCAGAUUGAGCAGGAGAAAUCUGAAAUCCAGGCUGCCUUGGAGGAAGCUGAGGCCUCCCUAGAACAUGAAGAGGGGAAAAUCCUGCGCCUCCAACUGGAGCUCAACCAGGUCAAGUCUGAGAUUGACAGGAAGAUAGCAGAGAAAGAUGAGGAAAUUGACCAGCUGAAGAGAAAUCACCUCAGAAUUGUGGAGUCCUUGCAGAGCAGUCUGGAUGCUGAGAUCAGGAGCAGGAAUGAAGCCCUGCGGCUGAAGAAGAAGAUGGAGGGAGACCUGAAUGAAAUGGAGAUCCAGCUGAGCCAUGCCAACCGUGUGGCUGCAGAGGCACAAAAGAACCUGAGAAACACACAGGCAGUGCUCAAGGAUACCCAGAUACAUUUGGAUGAUGCACUCAGGACGCAGGAAGACCUGAAGGAGCAGGUGGCCAUGGUGGAGCGCAGAGCAAACCUCUUGCAGGCUGAGAUUGAGGAGCUGCGGGCAGCCCUGGAGCAGACGGAGCGGUCAAGGAAAGUGGCUGAGCAGGAGCUUCUGGAUGCAAGCGAGCGUGUGCAGCUCCUCCAUACCCAGAACACCAGCUUGAUCAACACCAAGAAGAAGCUGGAAACAGACAUUGCCCAAAUUCAGAGUGAAAUGGAAGAUACCAUCCAGGAAGCCCGCAAUGCUGAAGAGAAGGCCAAGAAGGCCAUCACGGAUGCGGCCAUGAUGGCAGAAGAGCUGAAGAAGGAACAGGACACCAGUGCCCAUCUGGAAAGGAUGAAGAAGAACCUGGACCAGACAGUGAAAGACCUGCAGCACCGUCUGGAUGAGGCUGAGCAGCUGGCACUGAAGGGAGGCAAGAAGCAAAUCCAGAAGCUGGAGGCCAGGGUGCGGGAGCUGGAAGGGGAGGUAGAUGCUGAGCAGAAGCGCAGUGCUGAAGCCGUGAAGGGUGUGCGCAAGUACGAGAGGAGGGUGAAGGAGCUGACCUACCAGUCUGAGGAAGACCGGAAGAACAUCCUCAGGCUCCAGGAUCUGGUGGACAAGCUGCAGAUGAAG